UUUACCAAAAUUCGGCUCCAUGCCGAUCAAAAAAAAAAAUUAAAUUUAAGAAAAUAUUAAAUAACGACGCUCCAAAUCCAAAAAUUCCUUUUGAAACCAAUCUCUGAAGAUGCUCAAAAAUGUCAUUCAUCGAGCGUUAAAGUUGUCAUCGACGCAGAGAUUCACAAGACGACCCAUUUGCUCCUCGUUCACACAUUUUUGCAGCAAUAAUGAAAUCAUCAAAAAAGACGACUUUACCCUCGAAAUCCAACAAGCCCGCAAUUCCGUGGAAAUUCUAAACCAACUUGGAUCUCAACCCCUCAACACUCGUCAAACCAUCGCCUGUCUCUGGGGCAUCUUCGAACACCAAAAAGGCAAAAAAUCCGCUUCCAACCAUGAAAUUCUCGAACAUCCCCAUUUCGAGCAGCUUUGUCGAAGUCUCCGCAAGGAAAUUCAACACUUGACCAUCAACGAAACGGUUUUCGCUGUCGAAGCCUUGUCGCAUGUUGGCGUUGCGAGUGAUAGUCGCAUCAUGACUUCGCUUCUUUCGAUGAUCCGGCACGAAGUUAACGACUUGCCGCUGGCGAAACUGAUAAAAUUGCAUCUUUUGUUGAAAAAAAUGAAAAAGACGCCUUUGAUUGAAGCGCUGGAUAUCGCCUUGCCGCUGGUUUUUGAGAAUCAGUUACCUCUAAAAAUUGCCCGGGACGACCAACAGGAGCUAAAUUACUGUUUGAUGUACAUUACGAUGUACCGCGUGUCAGAACAGACGAAAAAUAUCAUUUUAACCGCCUUAACUCUGCUGGGAAAUUCACUUGAACCGUAUUACGCGAUGAAAGUCUUAUGUAACUGCGUGAAAUUGGGUCCUGCGAACGAAAUUCAGGAAAAACUCGUGUCAAAUUGCUUCGAAGUGAUCAACGAAAAUUUGCAUCAAGAAACGUCGAGGCAUAUCAGUAAAAUAGUGCAAUAUAUUUGGCGCGGCAUGAAAAAAGGCGAAAAAGAAAUUUAUUGCAAUUUGGAAUUUUUGGUAAAAUCCUCAAAAUUGGCGGUUCAGAACAAAUGGAGUAUCGAUGAAAUUUUUUCGCUGCUUCAUUACCUUCAUAGACUCCAUUUUGUCGAUGUCGAGCUCCUAAACUACUUUGCCGAACAACUAUCCGAAGACCCGCAACAACUGAGAACAGCCCGAGUUGGUUACGUUUUGACUUUUGUCGAAGCCUUUGGACUUGCGAAUUACAAACCGCCAAAAUGGGAAAUCCUUAAACCUCAUUUGAUGGAGAAUCCGAUUUUUAAUUUGCGUUCAACGAACAUUUCGUGGCUGAAAUUAAUUCUGAAUUCAUUAAUUUUGGAUAUUUGGCGCCCUUCGUUGGUCGAAAGGGUUUUCCAAGCGGAAUUUUUGGACAAAUAUUUAAACGAGAAUUAUUUGUAUGAACAUCGACUCCUGCUGAUUUUGUAUCAAGUUGUCAAUACCAUCAAAAAAGACACUUUCGGGAAAAAUGUGCCAAAAAUCGAUCCAAAAUACCUCGAAAAAGCAAUUGAUUCGGUGCAAGUUGAAAGUACCUUGGAACCCAUUUUGACAAUGCUUUAUGGCGAAAAAAAAGUAAUUUUUAACGUGAAAACGCGUUUGGGACACAAAAUCGAUCAUGUUGUAAUUUUGAACGAAAAUCACGAAGAACUAAAUUUCGAUGAAAAUUCAACAGUUGAAGAUUUGCAAGAAAAAGGUUUCAAAUUACUCGCCGUUGUGAAGCCAUUUAUCGGGAAAUUUAGCUUUAACGUCAAUCGGCUGAAGGGUAUUUACGAUUUGGAAUACCAAACUUUAGACACAAUUUUGCCCGUUGUGAUAGUGAGCCAUGAAACGUACGAAUCGCUAUUAGAUAAGGAGAAAAUUCCCUACAUAGAAAGACUAAUUAAUGAAAAGUUGUCGGAAAUUUAGUAUUAAAUAGACGAUUUUAGUGAAAAAACAAAUUUAUUAAAAAAAAAAUAAAAAAGUUAAAAUUUAACCAUAAUAAUAUCCAAAAGAUG